CGGGCGCUCCGCUUAGUGCCUUACCUGCCGCGAGGGGCUUCGCGCGCGUCCGCUGCGCUUGUGUUUACAUCGCGUGUGAUGGUUCGGUGACAGACACACAGGAUACAACCAUGGCGUGUGCCCGAGGGAUCUGCACCGCGGACAAAGUUUUCAUAUUCAUCAACAUCGCUUUUGCGAUGUACAGCGGCGCCCUCCUAGCGACAGCAGCCCGUCUAGCCUGGGACCCGAGCACAUACACAUGGUUCCGCUUCCUCUGCGCGGCGCAGUACCGGGCCUCGGCCGCUUACGUGCUGGCGGCUGGCUUGUGGCUGGCAGCUUUGGUCUAUCUGGCCGCGGCCGCUGCCGCCAACCAUCCUCAUCAGCCAUCGACGAAGCCGCGCUGCUUACAUCUGUACGCAGCCGGUGUGGUCUGCCUCGCCGUGAGUGAAGUCGGCUACGGGGCGUGGAUGGCGGCGUCGCUGGCUGCCUGGUGGCGUGAGGCGCCAGAAGCCGAGCUGGCCAGGAAAGGCAUGGAUCUGAUGCACGACUUGAAGCCCAUGCUGCUGGCUGUUGAGCGGUACAGGGACGUGGCGAGGCCGGUGCUCGAAAUGCUUGAUGAGGUCGAGCACAAAGCCCCUAACAACGUAUACGUCAUCAUGGUGUUCGGACUAGUGGGCAUGGUGUUGCAAGUGGUCGCGUUCGUGAUGGCGCGGCGCCUGGCGCGCCGGGCGCCUCCUCAGGAGGAUAAGGAGGACAAGGAGGCCAGCGCCUGCGUGGAGGAGAGCGAGGAGCCGGGCUGGAGGAAGAAGGCGAAUCUACGGAUGUAUACUAUUCUUGAUAAGAUUUUCUAGCAGGACGCCUCGGCCCCCGGGCCCCCGCCCCCGCCGCCAUUACCCAGCGCGCCCCCCGGCCCCUCCCCGCCGGCGCCGCGCUUCCGGAAACGUUCCAAAAAACGACGCGGCCGGGCCCCCGGCGCCCUGAACAAGGAC